ACGUCACGCGUGCGCCGAGCGCCAUCUAGCGGCGCGCUGCCUCCGCCGCAUCGCCUCACCUGCCUCGCGCGACAUUUCUCCGUCGCGCUCGCACCAGUGGCACGUAGAAAUAACCUCAAAACUCUCGCGUACCAACCAAUCACCAAAAUAUUGCUCCUCGCAGUAUUAAUAACAGUGACUACAAUCCGUAAGACGGCUAACAGUGUUAUGAACGUGACGUAAUCCUGUCACACUCCUGGAUUUGCCCUGCAGUGUUGCUUCAUAGUGAUUUUGAUAAAAUCGAAAGUUUACAGGACGAAUGUUCCUUUUGGUGGGCUGUCAUCGGGCAGCCCCCAAAUUUUGUGCCAUAAUGUGGUGGUUAAUAUUUUUAUGUGUUGUAAACGUUAAAACGUUCGGUGUAUUAGCAUCGAAUAGCAGUGGGACUAUAUCAGAAUCAAUAUGUUCUUUGAAGCAGUUCCAGUGCAACAAUGGCAAGUGCAUACCCAGCAUGUGGGUGUGUGACCUGGAGAAGGACUGCGAAGACAACUCCGAUGAAGAAAUUGAAGAAUGCAAAAAAGAAAGUCGCACGUGCACACAGGCAGAGUUCCGCUGCAAGACUGGAAGAUGUAUUCCGAUGUCCUGGCACUGCGACAGUGAGAAAGACUGCCCUGAUGGCUCAGACGAAGAUCCUAGCACAUGCAAGGUGAAGUCGUGCGGGCCCGAAGAGUUCACCUGCAGAGGACGAGACGGCGAGUGCGUCCCGCUCACGUGGAUGUGCGACGACAACGCUGACUGCUCCGACGGAUCUGAUGAGAAAGCAUGCAAUGAGACGUGUCGCUCGGACGAGUUCACAUGUGGCAACGGCAAGUGCAUCCAGCUACGAUGGGUGUGCGACGGCGACGAUGACUGCGGGGAUGACAGCGAUGAAGUCAAGUGCCCUCCCCCGACCUGCCAGCCUCAGACACACUUCUCCUGCGGCAACGGACACUGCGUGUCAGCGUGGUGGCGCUGUGACGGCACUGAGGACUGCCCUGAUGGAAGCGAUGAAGUUGGCUGCACAGCGACUCCAAAGGUUCGAUCACCGUGCAUAUCAUCGGAGUUCGAAUGCAAGGACCGUAUGACCUGUGUCCACAAGGCGUGGGUGUGUGAUGGAGACCGAGACUGUCCGGACGGUGGUGAUGAGGACCCGCAGCAGUGCAGAAGGAACAUCACCUGCAGGCUUGACCAGUACCAGUGCAAUGAUCACAGCUGUAUCCCUGGAGCGCUGUACUGCAACGGAGAUAAGGACUGCCCCGAUGGAAGUGACGAGCGAAAUUGCACACAACCUAAGCCGGUGUGCGACAAGAAGACAGAAUUCGACUGCGGCGCUGGAAUGUGCAUUCCUCUCUCGAAGGUGUGUGACAAGCAUCCAGACUGCCCGAACUUUGAAGACGAGCCUCGUGACAGGUGUGGGGAGAACGAAUGCGAGAAGAACAACGGAGGAUGUACACAGCGCUGUGUUGAUACCCCUGUAGGGUACUACUGUGACUGUGAAAAGGGAUACAAGCUCGUGGAUAACAGGACUUGUGAAGACGUCGACGAGUGUUCAGACCCUGGCGCAUGCUCACAGAUGUGUAUCAAUGAGAAAGGCACCUUCAAAUGCGAAUGCCACGUCGGUUAUGCCCGAGACCCUCGAGAUAGAACCAGGUGUAAGGCAACUGAAGGCCAUCCUUCACUUCUGUUCGCGAGACGGUUUGACAUCCGCAAGAUCAGCUUAGACCACCACGAAAUGGUUGCUAUAGUCAAUGACACGAAGUCCGCGACUGCGUUAGAUUAUGUCUUCAGGACAGGAAUGAUCUUCUGGAGUGAUGUUACUGAUGAGAAGAUUUACAAAGCGCCAAUCGACGAAGGCACACAAAGAACAGUCGUGAUCGGAGACCAGCUCAUCACAUCAGACGGCUUGGCAGUCGACUGGAUAUACAACCAUCUGUACUGGACGGAUACUGGGAAGAACCACAUCGAGUUAUCAGACCUACAAGGAAACAUGAGGAAGAUUCUCAUCAGGGAUCAGCUUGAGGAACCUAGAGCUAUUGCCCUUAAUCCUCUGGACGGAUGGAUGUACUGGACCGACUGGGGCCAGGUGCCGAAGAUCGAGCGAGCUGGCAUGGACGGCUCUCACAGACAGACCAUCGUGUCUUAUGACGUCAAAUGGCCCAAUGGCCUGACACUGGAUCUCGUCCGCAAACGUGUUUAUUGGGUGGACGCUAAAAUGAACAUGAUAUCUUCAUGCAACUACGAUGGAACAGGGCGCAGGGUGAUCCUAUACUCCACAGACGUGUUACGUCACCCAUUCUCCAUCACCACGUUCGAGGACUGGGUCUACUGGACUGACUGGGACAAGGCCGCCGUCUACCGCGCCAACAAAUUCAACGGAAAAGAUAUUGAAGCUAUUACUCCUACACAUAACCUCCAAAACCCAAUGGUGAUCCACGUGUAUCACCCAUACCGCCAGCCCGAUGGUGUGAACCACUGCGCGGCUGUCAACGGUCACUGCUCCCAUCUCUGUCUCCCAGCACCGCGCAUCGGGGCGAACUCCCCGCGCGUCUCUUGCGCCUGUCCCAACGGGCUCAGACUACUGCCUGACAACCAGAUGUGCGUCGAAGACAAUGCAAUAAAACCAGAUGAGGAGGUGCAUUAUAAACCGACUAUUGGUUCAAAUGAAACUGUAGUUAACGAAGAAAAACCUGUAACCAGUGUCCCUGAAACACCUAAGACUGGUACAGGAAUCUCAAGCAGCGGCCGCGAUGCCGGCAUGGUAGCCGGUGUCGUUGUUGCAGUAAUCUCUGGAAUCAUCAUAUUGGCAGCACUGAUCGCAGUGGUUAUGUACAGACAUUACGUGCACCGUAAUGUUACAUCUAUGAACUUCGACAACCCGGUGUACCGCAAGACGACGGAGGACCAAUUCGCGCUCGAGAAGAAUGGCUACGCACCGGGCAGCAAGCUGUACCCCAGUACCGUGGGAGAAGAGGCCCAAGAACCUCUCAACACACCAGGUACAAAUGACUUUGUAUAGUGUACAAGCUGGAAGUAAAUACAGUAUAAUGUCAUUGAAUGUGAAAAGAAAGAGAAGGACAUGUGAUACUUAAAAUAGUGUUAUCCAGUGAAUGGGACUUAAGCUAACAUUUUUGUAGUAAACUCUAAAAAUAGUUAGCGUUAGUGCAGUGAAGUGAAAGCUUAUUGGAACAAAGUUCUGUUUGCUGUCAUGCCUCGCGCCGGGAUGGAUCUCAAAAUUACGAUUAUUUCAUCAGCUGUCAUAUCACAAGAUUUUGGUUUUUAUUUACACAGAUGUAGAGAAAGGCAGAUGUUUGUGAAAGUGUAUGACAAGUGACAUCUGUUAAAAUUGUCGAUGGUUUAUCAAAUUUGUUACACGAUUACCAUCUUCAUGUUAUGUAAUUGGAAGCUUGGCGGUGUUCAGUCGGUAGUGACGGACUCGCCGUGGGGUCAGCUAGCGCCAUCUCCCUUUCUCUGCGUCUGUACUCAGUACGUAAGAGAUCUAGGUAAUGCUUUUGUAUCUGUAUCACAUUAUUCGACGUUAGAAGGGACAUGUUUGCUCUAAUUUUCUCUUUACACUGUGAAUAGUAUAAACAUUCUUAAUAUUGCUUUAUCAAAUGCCUGGUGCAUUAUAAUUAUUUAUAUAGAGUUUACAAUUUUUUAUUCCACUUUAGUUGAUAAUGUUAAAUAUUAUACACCUAUACAGCAAUCUUAAACUCUAGAGUUCCGCAUUCAGAGAGAAUGAAAAGCUCAUGUUUCAUAAUGAAAUGUACUUAGUUAGUAGUUUGUCAUGUUUUCCUAAAUAUUUUUUAAAAUUGAACUGAUUCUGCAUAUAUGAAUAUGAAAUCUUCAGGUACCUAUUUACCUAGAUUGAUUAAAAAUAAAUAAUGUAUUUAUUUAUUGCAACAACACACUAGUAAAUAUAGGCUAAUGAUAACAGUAUAAUGUGCCAAUUUUAGUAAAAUUUACAAUUGUGUCGCCAAAUUUUAUUGUACUAUAAACUUGAUAGUAGUUGAAUUCUCAUACGUUUGUUGCGUCUGUAAUUUAUUUGUACUAUAUAAAAUUGUUAUUAUUAGCAUAAAGCAGUUUUAAUAUGAAUUUAUAUUUUAUGUACCAGUUGAGUUUUUCCAUCGAACAAUUUUAUGUAUUUCUAAUAUUUAAUAGCAAUGAACGCAUAGUAUUUGGAAUGUGACUUUGUCAAGCAAAAUCCUGCCAAAUCCUUAAAAUAUAAAUAUUACUCUAUUUUUAAUGUAAUUCAAUUACAUUAUUACAUACUUGAUGCACAUUUCAUACAAUAUGCCUAGCUCAAUAAGUGUGGUCACCAAAAUAAAUUAUUGUGUAAAUAUUGUCAGUAAAAUAUAUGUAAAAGGUGUUAAUA